UCGGCGCCCCGCAAAGGAAGGGAGCCAAUCUCGGGGAAGGAAGGAAGGUAGGAGCCCCAGCCGAGGAAUGCAGAGAGACUGCGGAGGAAGCGAGCCGAGCAGCCCUCCCUCGCCCCAGAGGGAGCCUGGAACCAGCGACAGGGAAAGCUGCAGCUGCAGCAGCCGAGGAAUGCAGAAAUUUGCCCAGAGGAGGAGAGGAGCCAAGAGCUGAAAACGAAAGCAGGGCAUCCGCAGCCGGAGGAAGUGGGCGCACGCUGGAUUGUGGCGCAAAAGGGACACGGCGACCCCCCCUUCCCCACUGUAUCCUUCUCUGGAAAGCUGCUCCCUCGUGGAGGUUGCCCCGGGUGCAAGAGGGCGGGCAGACCCCUUGAAAGAGGGCUGAGCCAUGCUGGCAGCCCGAGAAGCAGCUGCGCUCUACCAGACGGAUUUUGUGCGCAAUGCCAGGGCAGUGGGCGCUCUCUGGGCUGGCUGCACCCUCUGCUUCGGCGUCCUGGAGGUCGUGGUCCUGAUCCAGCCGGCGUGGGUGCAGACAGCGCCGCUCACCUACCAGCUGCCCCCCUCCGGGGUCCUUUUCGACCCCAGCGUCAGCGCUGUGGGCUCCUUCGGCCUCUACCAAGUCUGCAAGGAGCGGGAUGGCACCCUCCAGUGCGAGGGGUCACUGGUCACCCUCACCCCGAUCCCAUCCUUCAAGGCAGCAGCGGUCUUUGUCCUGAUGGCCCUGGUCCUGGUGAUGGGCAGUGUGGCUUCCUUGGGCCUCUUCUGGGUCUGCAGCCCAGGGACUGUCUACAAGGUGUGUGCCUGGCAGCAGCUUUCAGCAGGUGAGAGAGAAGGUCCCUCUCAGUGGGAGCAAAUGGCAGGUUUCCUGGCAUACGGCUGAGUGCGAAGAGGGCAGGCAGGCCUGGGCUACCUUCUUUUAGAAAGGAAUGGGUGGGAGGGCAAUAAAUUCAUAGAAUCAAAGAAUCUUUGAUUUGGAAGGGACCCUGGUGUCAUUUGGUCCAACCCCCUGAAAUGCCGGAAUCCAUGACAGAUGGCCAUGCAUCCUCUGCUUAAAAACCUCCAAGGAAGGAUAUUCCACUGCCUCUUGUGGGAGUCUCUUCUACUGCCAAACAGACAGACAGACACACACACACACACACACACACCUGUUCACCCGGGGUCAUAUCCUGCAGAAACCAGCCAUGUGAUUGCUUGGUAACAUAUUUAGAAGGCAAACAACAGUGUGAGUCACGUGCUGGUGUGACCAACAGACCCAAUCCAAGAUGAGGCUAUGCACCCACAGGUAGGCUUGAUUCUCAAUAAGCAGGAGUCUGGUUUUACUCCCCACCUAAGUGGGGUCCCCCAAUACUCACCUGCGGUGAGAAUAAAUGUUGCCUGCUACCCUUGACUGUGGGUUGCCUAGCCUUUACCAACAAGGUCUUUGAACUGUGGGCUCCUUCCUUUUAUCUGCCCAGAAUCUGCUCCUAUGUUCAGUCUUAUUGGGGGAUCCCGGGUUCUGGUAUUUUCUGCAUCUUAUAAAUCUAGAACUCAGAGUCAUCGGCUUAAGCAGAAUGGGGACAGAUAAGAGAAAGUCCUUCUUUACACAACACACAGUUAAACUGUGGGAUUCAAUCCCCCAAGGCUUUGUGAUGGCCACUGACUUGAAGUGGGCUGGACAAAUUCAUGGAGGAGAAGACUCUCAGGGGCUUCUAGACAUGGUGAGCAUGUAGUAUUACUUCCACUGUCAGAGACACAACAGCUCUAAAUAUCAGAUGAAGAGGGGCUCACAAGGCAGACAGAGCUAUUCUCAUGUUUGGUCAGGCCAAUAUGGAAGUGGAAGUGAGACAGAUAAAAAAUCUUAAAUACCGGUAGGUGUCCUACCAUGACCACCAAAAUGUAUCUGUUUUAGAACGGGCGACCCUCUAGAUGCCAUUGGCUUCUCAACUCUUAGGCAGCAAGGCCAAUGGACAGGGCGGACGGCUACCAGUCAUGAUGGCCAUAUGCUUCCUCCAUUAUUAGAGGUACCAUCAAUACCUUUCCGAAUACCAGUCGUUGGUAUUUUGAAUACCUGCCCAUUGAGGGACAACAGUGGAGCCACAGCUGGAGAGAGCUAUUGCCUUCAUGCGCUGCUUUGGGCUUCCAAAAGGCACCCGGUCAGCCACCUUGGCAAGCCUUUGUUCUGACUCAGCAGAGAUUUUCCUAUGAACUAUGCAAGUUGAGCAAAUUUGCAUAAUUCUCUUCUUUUGCAUAAUUUAGUCUGCAAUUGUCUCUAUUUCUGAACAAUUUCUUCUUCUGGUUUUGCUAGCCACGGGGGAGGGGCAAGGAGUUAUGCAGGACUCCAGAUCCAAUUUAACCAUCCAUCUUUUGAGAUUUCUGCAGAUGCUGCCUGCACUCCUUCUAGCAUAUCUUUUGCUGCCCUAAGGGCCAGAAACCUGCUGUAAAGAGUAAAAGCUACUUUUCUUGGAAAACUGAAUUCUGUACCCAUUACCGUAUUCUGUGCUUUUUCCGUGUUCCUGCUCAGCUGCAGUAUACACAGAGCCCUGACCGAGGGAUAGAGUUCCCUUGGAGUACUCUUGUGCUGCUCCUCUCCAUUUCAAUGAGGCUUCUGCAAGACAACUUCCUGGUGGAUCGUGCCCCAUAUAAAUUAGCAGGAGGGUGACAUCAUUCAGAUUUCCCCCUCAAGUACCAAAAUGUUUGGGGCAAAGGAUGGGGUCCUCUCCUGCACCCCCCAGGAUUGGAGUAGAGGGAGAGAACAGUGCUGGCUCCAGAAUGCUAAGGGCCCUCAGACAUAGUGCCCCUCUUUGAGCUCCCGCGGGUGGCGCUGUGGAUUUCAUGCUCUUUAUUCAGCUCAUAGUGGUGAGGAGGAAUGGAAGUUCCCCCAGAAUGUCUGCUUUAUAUACAUUAUUUACACAGUGGGCCCCACGUGAUUGGCUAAUUCCGGGAUUCUCCUGUAGGCCAAUCAGGUUGUGGAUUCCCUUCCACCUGGAGCUGGAUUGGGUGGCUCCUGUGGACCAAUCAGACUGCUGCAUUCUGGAUCCUAUUCUUCUAGGACCAAUCAGACUGCUGCAUUCUGAAUCCUAUUGUUCGAGGACCAAUCAAACUGCUGCAUUUUGGAUCCUAUUGUUCUAGGACCCAUCAAACUGCUGCAUUUUGGAUCCUAUUGUUCUAGGACCAAUCAGACUGCUGCAUUCUGAAUCCUAUUGUUCUAGGACCAAUCAAACUGCUGCCAUUUGGAUCCUAUUCAACUCAGUACAUAACAAUCACUGCCGUUUUUUGUACUGGGAGUAGAUCACAGUCUCUUGGGAGUUGGACAUGCCUGUUCUAGAACAUGCUGAGUAAAGUGAGAAUUAUAGUACUAUGGGGGCAAUGGACCUCUGCUGGUCUUCAGGGUCCUGGCAAAAGCCCAAUCUUUCCCCCCUCUGGAGCUAGCUUGGGGAAAGUAGGUCCCAAGGCUAUGGGUUAAGCAUCAAGAUUGGGGGUGGGAAUCAGUAGAUUAUCACCCUUUGGAGGUGUAUGUGUAAUAAUAAUAAUAAUAUUUUAUUUAUACCCUGCCCCCCCGGGCCAGAGCCAGGCUCAGGGCAGCUAACACCAGUAAAAUUACAGUAAAAACAUAAGGGGGGGAAACCAAUUUAAAAUACAGGUUAAAAUGCAAUUUAAAACGCAGCCUCAUUUUAAAAGUAGCCCAUACAUCAAAACCAUAAGGGGAGGGAAACAUAAGGGUCAGACAGAGUCCAAACCAAAGGCCAGGCGGAACAGCUCUGUCCUGCAGGCCCUGCGGAAAGAUGUCAAGUCCUGCAGGGCCCUAGUCUCUAGAGACAGAACGUUCCACCAAGUCGAGGCCAGUACUGAAAAGACCCUGGCCCUAGCUGAGACCAAUCUAACCACCUUGCGACUUGAGACCUCCAAAAUGUUGUCAUUUGUGGACCUUAAGGUCCUCCGCGGGGCAUACCAGGAGAGGCGGAACCGUAGGUACGUGGGUCCUAUGUGUAAGGACAUCAACUUUAUUAACUCUGUCUCUCUCUGUCUCACAGCAACUUGUCAGGCUCUUGGCUGCCUGGUUUUCCCAGACGGCUGGGGAGCCCCUGAAGUCAGGGCUCUUUGUGGGCCUCGGGCCAGGAGCUACACCCUGGGUGCCUGCACAAUACACUGGGCCUUUACCCUUGCCUUGCUGGGCAUAGCCGAUGCCCUGGUACUGGCCACCCUGGCUUUUGUCUUGGGGAACCGGCAGGAUGCUCUGCUACCAGCAGGCUAUGCACCACCCUCAGGAGGAAGAGGUAAGCAGCAGAAUGGCCCCGUCCCUGUUAUUCUGGGCAAGGAUGGGAGCCAGCAGAUGCUCAGAUGCGAGGCUGGCAGGAAUGUCAGCUGCUGCCUAGCAACGGCCAAUGAGACACAAGGAUGCAUCUGAAAUGGGGGAAAGGUGGAGGGGGCUGGAGGCUGCAGCAAAGAGGCCCAGUCUUCCAGGAACCUCUGAAGCCCCUCCCUUUCCUCCAAACCAGAGAAAUAAAACUGGUGGCGAUGCUUCUGCUAAUGCAAAUGUGUUGAUAAGUCUCUCCCUUUCUGCCACAAACUGGGAUUAAGGACUCUGGGUUUUCUGCUGCCUUACUUGCUGCCACCAAAGUGGGGUGGGGGGGUGGGAAGGCGGUAGAGGAGGCCCCAUCUUCUCCUCAUACCCUGUUCCAGUGUUUUUCAAAGCACUAUCUAGGUCUCUGUGUAAAGAACUCAAAGGCUGCGCUCCGUUGCCUCACUACUGCCACCACCACCAAAAAUGGGAUUCUGUGGUGGUGGUGAUAAUAAUAAUAAUAAUAAUAAAUUUAUUAUUUAUACCCCGCCCAGCUGGCAGGGUUUCCCCAGCCACUCUGUGAGUUAUAGGGGAAAAGUAUAAAGCAGGGGUCCCCAAAGUAAGGCCCGUGGGACUCAUUUAUCUGGCCCGCGGCGACCCCCGCCACCCACUCUUACCGCCACUUGCUGCGCGGCUGCCCACUUCCGGGUCGGAGGACUGGAAAUAGCUUGUGUGCAUGCGCAAGCGUUAUUUCCAGUGCACAUCCGGGCCGGAGGAGGCCCGUGCACAUGCGCGCAAGCUAUUUCCGUUCUCCGACCCGGAAGUGUGCCAGAAAUAGUGUGUGCGCACGCAUAUGGGCACGCGCUCCCCCGCCCUCCGGCCCACCGCACAAUUGGCGCUGGAGACACCGGCCUGAGGCGCAGUAAGUUUGCUGACCCCUGAUAUAGAGUAUACUGAACUCACUCUCAGUGGCAUAGCAUGGGUGGGGCCACGGGGGGGGGGGGGAGGGUUGCCCUGGGCUCAAAAUUCUUAGGGGCACAAUUUUUUAAAAAAAGGAAUAAUAAAUAGACAAUAGUGUGUGCUUCCCACACAGAAAAUCUCAUGUGUUUGCAUGGGCAGACUGAGGAGCGGAUUUGGGGUAUGGCCGGUUGCAAGGCUUUAGAAAGAUACCAAUCCCCCGUCUUGCUUUCCACCCUGCUAAACGCUCACAGGGUGCUGCAGCUGCCACUUGGGUAGGUUGUGGACCUAUUGCCUCUUUUUUCCAACCUAUUGGUGGGUGGUACCGAAGAUACUUGCCUUGCACCGGCCACUGGCAACCCACGCUACAUCACUGCUCAAGCUAGAGGCCUGUGUGGCUUGAGGCACAAAGGGCAGGAGGUCUGCUUGUAGUCAGUGCCCCCAUCUUGGUUGUAACUUGAUGCCUGGCCUGAUCCAAGAGGGUGUGUAUUUUCUCUGACCCUGCCAAGCCCCGCAUGAGGUAUGUCUCAGGAUCUCAGGCCUGGCACUAGAGCCAUGGGAUAUUCACCACCAAGCACAGAGAAGGCUCUGCUCAGUUUGGUUCCUGAAGCAGAAAAUCUGUAAGCUACCUCUCCAUGCCGGAAAAAUAAAUCGACUAACUGCAGCUGGAUUACACACAAAUAAAUUUUAAACAGACAGCUUCCCCCAAAGACUCCUGGCAGGGUAUAGUUUGCCCUUACAGAGCUACACUUCCCAGAAUAUAUUUUUUGAAAAAAACCUAUAGCUCCUAGGAUUCUUUGGGGCAAGUCAUGUGCUUUACACACGUGGUUUGUAUGCAGCCUGACUCUGUGUCUGAAGUCAAGGUCAGCCUGAGAGUUACAUAGACUUAGAACAUGCAGAAAACCUUUAUAGGGAGGAAAGGAGAGAACCAUUCAUGCCUUGCUGGGCAACUGCUCACAUCUCCUCCCUCAAUACUUGUAACCCUGACCCCCAGCAUGGGAGAAACACUUAAUUAAAAAAUAACCAAAAAACAACAACCCUGGAUGUAUGAAGUUUGUCCUUAAAAAAUGCCUUUAAAAUAGUGGCGGUGACACUGUUUUAUAUUUAUUUAAAAAACCUAAAAACCUAGGAAAAAACAAUGACAAUCCUAGUACCCUAUAAAAUAGAGGCAGCUGAAAAUUGGUAUGCUGGAAUGUAGUAGUAGUAGUAGUAGUAGUAAUAAUAAUAAUAAUAAUAAUAAUAAUAAUUUAUUUGUACCCUGCCCAUCUGGCUGGGUUUCCCCAGCCACUCUGGGUGGCUUCCAACAAAGAUUAAAAAUACAUUAAAAUGUCACACAUUAAAAACUUCCCUGAACAGGGCUGCCUUCAGAUGUCUUCUAAAUGUCUGGUAGUUGUUUUUCUCUUUGACAUCUGGUGGGAGGGCGUUCCACAGGGCGGGCGCCACUACCAAGAAGGCCCUCUGCCUGGUUCCCUGUAACUUGGCUUCUCAUAGCGAGGGAACCGCUAGAAGGCCCUCGGUGCUGGACCUCAGCGUCCAAGCAGACCGAUGGGGGUGGAGAUCAUAGCUGUCAACGUUUCCCUUUUUAAAAGGGAAAUUCCCUUAUUCUGAAUAGGAUUCCUUGCAAGAAAAGGGAAAAGUUGACAGCUAUGGUAGAGAUGCUCCUUUAGGACACUAGCCAAUGUGACGCUAGCCAAGACCUCCGUACCCAAAUAUGCUUGCAGGGCAUGUGCCACAAUAUCACCUAUGAUGGUUCCUGCCUGAGUUCAGAGGGAAGGUUAUGGGAUCGUAGAACUGUAGAGCCGGAACGGACCCCAAAAGUCAUUCAUUUGUUGCAGGAUGAAGCGACUUGCUCCAGGCAGUAGCACAAGGAGCGCAGGACAGAUGAGGGCAUGAACCAGUACAUCAAAGAAUUGUAGACUUGGAAGAGGGACCCUGAGGGUCAUCUAGACCAACCCCCUGAAAUGCAGGAAUAAAAUGUGUUGGCCUCGGUGGGGUGGGGAAAAUUGGGGCUCUCCUUUGGAGAGCAAAUGUCUUGCUUAGGCAGGGACACGAGAAGAUCAGUGUCUUUCCAGGUCUUUUUCUUCCCAUUCCCUGUAUGCACACAGGUGUGACUUCAACACUGACUCCGGACUGAUCUCACCUCCCCAACUGACAUCCUUCAGAGUCGGUCGCUUGCCACAACAGAACCAUUUUCUUGCUGUGCCUAGCUGUUGCAAUAAAGAUAUUUUUUAUUUUAAAAAA